AUGGGCGUCAUUAUUGUACUUGCAAAACGUUUUGAUGCUCUAAUUGGACCUGGAGUUAUGCUUCUCUAUCCAUUGUAUGCAUCGUUACGAGCAAUAGAGAGUCCAACAAUGUUAGAUGAUCAACAAUGGCUAACAUAUUGGAUUAUUUACUCUUUUAUGACAAUCUUCGAGCUAUCCGUUUGGAGAAUCCUUGUCUGGUUACCAUUUUGGCCAUACUUAAAACUUUUGUUUUGUAUGUGGUUGGUGUUACCAAUGUUCAGUGGUGCAGCUUACAUAUACUCAAAUUAUGUGAGAACAUACGUUAAAAUUGGAAUGAAUGUUGGAGGAGGAACUAAUUAUACAGAUGAACAGAGAAGAGUUUUACAAAUGAUGAGUCUUGAUGCUAGAAAAUCGGUUCAAGAUUAUGUUGACCGGCUGAAAGAGAAACGAAGAAGCAUUGAGAUGGAGGAUUAG